CUGUUUGCCGUGUGGAUUUAGUCCAAAACAUUGCCACAUAUUUGGCUUAUUUCUGCGUUUGUUUCUGCUAAGCAGCUUUGGUGGUCAUGAGAGGGACUGAGCUGGGCUAGUGUGUCACCAUUUCUAGGAGGCUGGUAGAGGUGGGGUGGGAUGGUCACAUCAAUGCGUCGGUUCUGAAAAAUGACAUCUGUUUUGGGUUUUUGGUGACAACAUGAGUUGCGGCUUUGUGUGACAAUGCAUAACUCCCCUCUCUUCCAGUACCUUCACGAUCUAGGGCACACAGACUUUGAGUCAUGUCCAACAGCGUCCCAGGAGGAAGGAUAUGGUGGACAAGAGGGAGCUGGAGAAGAUCCACAGAAAACAUCAAGGGGCAGGUGUUGGAGACUGGUUGAGGCCUUGUGGACUUGGAGCCCCCUUCAUCAGGCAGCUGAAACUGGAAAGCUGGAGCAGCAGCUGGACGAAGUUUUUGGUCAGUACUCGGUCAGAUGCAUCCUGGACCAGGACGUGUUGCUGCAGGAGGAUGUGGAGCUGAUCGAGCUGCUAGACCCGAGCCUGCUCGCUCUCGGCUCAUCGCUCUCUGGAUCCCCCAGCCGGACGAGGAGUCUGCCCAGAGCAAGCCUCAUCGCCAGGCCAUCCUUAUGGGAUGUUGCAGGACUGGUGGGUCUGGCUGCGGUUCUGCUGGGACUCUGCUCCUCACCUGAAAGCCUGUGGUCCAUAGCCGCCGCCCCGUGGGGUCUGGUUCUGCUGGGCUGGGUGGGACUGAGGGGUGUCAUGCUGUGGAAACGAGGACGCAUGCAGACAAACGUCCACACCAGUGCCACGCGUCUCCAGAGUCUGCUCCACAACAGCAAGACUCUGACUGGACUGGCUCGAAAAGCUCUGCGUCUGGUGCAGGAGACGGAAGUGAUCUCCAGAGGGUUCACCCUUUUGCUCGACAGGGUGAGUGCGGCCAGCUCCUUUAGCAGGGCGGGUCCAGGGACGGUGCCACGCAGCCAGCAGCUGAUGGGACUGCGGAAGGUCCUGUACCGGGCGCUCCGCUCGGCCUUCAGAGCCUCGCGUAGGGCCACCUGUCACAUGCUCAAGGCGUUCCCUCUGAACUCGGAGGUGGAUAAUGUGACCAACUACGUGUGCGCAGUGCCUCUGAAGGAGCUGGGACUCGGCCUGGGGAUUGAGCACCUGGGUGAUGAACAGGCGCAGGAGCUGACCGACGACUACAGUCUGCCGGCUCUCAAGAUGCUUUUCCAGCUGUGGUUGGGUCAAAGUUCUGAGUGUUUCCGUCGGCUGGCUCUUCUCCUCUCGCCGCACCGGAUCGUCGAGUCGGCUGAAGUCGGACCCAUAGGAGAAGCUUCCACCCCUCCCCUGCACCACUCCAUCGCUGCCGUCACGGAGCCCCUUCAUCAUGCCGUCGCCGGCUGUCUCGCCGAGGUGCAGCGAAGCUACGACUUCCACCGUCACUUUGAGACUCAGCCGAAGGUGACGAGCUCAGAGAGAUCCGGGCGAGAGAGGGACAAAUGCCGAGAGCUCAACGCCCUGCACACAUCCAUCCGAAGCCUGCAGCUGCACCUCAAGGCCCUGCUCAGCGAGAUGAUCAUCCUGGAGGAUGAUCUGGAGAAGCUUAUGGUGUCCAGGGAGCUGACGGAGCUCACACUGGAGGGCUAUCGGGACCUGAAUGAGCGGCUGCAGCAGCUCCACCCACACAUGCAGGCCAGCACCGGCUGCUGGGAGGACACCAUCAACCAGGUGGAGCGAAUGCUAAGGCGGGCCAACGCCUGUCAAGCCAAAAGCGCCGGCCUGCAGCAGCAGCAGCGAGGUUCUCCGGUUCCCCAACUUCCUCUUCUCCCUCCUCCGUCAUAUCCCCUGAUCCUGGACAGAGACCCAGUGCCAGAGGAGAUGGAGCUGGAGGCCUUUGUGUCUGACUCCGACUCCGAUGAGGAAGGCAGAGAGUCCUGGUUCGACAUGCUGUCCCCGGAGGAGCGGGAACGUCAGCGGAGGGAGAGGGAGGAGUCUCGCCGCGUCCUGUCGGAGCUGAAAGCCGUUCUGGGUUUCCGUGCCUCUGAGGGGGAGAGGAUGAAGAGGAAGCAGCUGCUGUUCAACGACCAAGCUGCUGUUUUGCCCUCAGUCCUCCCUCAGAGUCAGGAUCCUGCUGAAAACCCAUCAGGCUUUCCAGUUCCUGUGAGCGCUGCCGAAACUGAUACCGAGGAAGGAAACUACCUAUCAGAGCGCUCCGCAGGAAACCGGGGGGAGGAAGAGGAAGGAAAAGAUGACAAGGUGAGGUCUGACCCCUCUGCCGACUCUGUGACAGAGUUCAGCUGCGGCUCGGAGGAAAGGGAGUUGGGAGGAACGGCAGUUUGCAGCAGCAGAGGAGGAGGGGCAUCGGAGCUGCACCAGUACGAUGGCAUGACCGAGGAGGAAGAGGAGGUUCAGAACGGUCUGGACUGCUUCCUGAAGCCUAAAGUUCCCGCCGUCUCUGUGAUGGACAGGCUGACGGAGAUACACGGCCCAGAGAUGCUCAGCUUCAGCUCCGCCCUCGCUGCGCAGGUGGUCGCACGCUCACAGAUGCUCAUCAGCAUGGAGGAGCAGAUGUUUGGAGACGAUGAUGAGGAGGAGGAGGGGGAAGAAGAGGAGAGCAACGGAAGAACCUCAGAAGAGCUGGGCGAUAAGCUCCGCUGCUUUGACUGAACAGAGACGUUAUUUAUGUUCGAGUGUCUCGUCUCGACGGGUCUGUGUUCCAUCUAGCUGCUUCAGAUGCGGAGGUAUUUAAAUCAAGCCCGUCCAUCCGUCUGUCUGUCCUCGUUCUCGUCACCUACAAUUCUUACUGCUGUUGAAUCUCAGGAAGCAGAACCACUGACACAAAUAAAACCUCACUGCGCUGAGGCCCGAGUAGCAGAAUGUCCUUCGGAUCUGUAAAUCAUCCCAGCGUUUCUGAAGUUGUGAGGGAAGCAGGAUUUUUUUUUCAUCCUCAUGACUUUCAUUGUAAAGGAUUAUUCGGAGAGGAAAAUGCGGUUUUCUUUGUUAGUGUAAAAAAACCCAAUCCAGCUUAAGUUCCCUAAAGAAAAGAAAUCAUUAACAGAGGAAAAAGCUUCACUGUGAGGCUGUUUGUGUUUGUCUGCAAUGAAAAACAAUUGACUAGUUUCAUUUAAAUAACUUUUUAUGUCUUUAAAUGAUACAGAAAAAUAAAAAUGUUUAAAAAUACCAAAAAUUUUACAAAGUUUGAGUUAUGAAUUUAAAACAUGUGAAAAAUAUGCCCUGCGUGGCUUUUUGCAGGGAGCGAGGUACAGUCGACAUGUUUGUAGUUGAAUAAACAUAAAAAGUCCUGCAGUGAAAUUAAGAAAACAAUCUGAGCAGAACGCUGUUGGACAAGGAAGUCCAAAGCUGUUUUAACCGUCAUGGCUCUGUUUUCACUCGACCCCUUUUUUCUGCUCUCUCUCUCUCUCUCUCUCUCUCUCUGUGGCGCGAAGCGGAACGUUUGUUCAGAAUUCCAGUGGCACAUUUGGAAUGUUGUGUCUAAAAUCUGUUCAUUAGGUGAGACGGUUUCAUCUGUGUUCGCACAGCGUGAAAGCUCUGGGCUUGGAUCGGUAAAUGUGGUUUGUGAGUUUCAACGUGUGUGCUUACGUUUCAACAGACGGUCCUGAUGCUUCCCCCCCAAAGGCCACCUCCACCUCAUGGUCUUUCUUGUCACCGUGUUUGCCUUGUUCUGACCCUUCCUGCAUUUUUCACAUGGAAAUAAAAGUACCACUCUGGAAGUGUUAAAAAACA